AAUUGGGAUCGUAUUAGUAUUGGUAUUGGUCAUAUUGAUUUUAUGUUCUUAUAUCUUAUAUAUGUAGUUACUUGAAACCCUUACAAGUUGGUAUUCGAACUUAUAUUAAGUAUAAUACGAUAUGAAUAUAUAAAAUAUAUAAAAAGAUACUUUGUAUACCACAAAAAUAUGUGGAUAUAGAUUUGGGUAUGUCUAUGGCGGAUAUGGAAGUUACUUUAUAUUGAAAUUAGUAUGCUCCACUUGCCAUUCGCAUUGUGCUUACUUUAAAUUAUUAAGUUAAAAUUUUGAAGAUUAAAAUAAACUUUAAGUAAGAUUUUCACAACUAGAUCAGUAGUCGAAUUGGUCAGGUCACUAGUUCAUACGGUUCAAUUAAAUAAAUCAUUAAAUAUCACAAAAAUAAAAAAUUAGUUCAAUUGAUUUUUUUAACAUUGUUUAAUCGGUUCAUACUAGUUUACAGGUCAACUGAUCUUAUACCUCUCUUUAUAUAGUCGGCCGAUUUCUGCUCUAAUCAGUCGGUUUGGUCCGGUUCAAACAUCAUGACUCUAAGUCUCUACACUUCGUAAAUUUGCAAUUUAGUUCUAUUUUUAUUUUCAAAAAUUUAAUCCCUUGAAUAAAAAACAAAAGUAACUAUUUGAGAUAAUUAAUAACAUUUCAAAAAUAUAAAAUUAUAUUAUAUUAAAAAUUAAAAAUUAAAAAUUUAAAUUUAAAUUUAAGAAAGAUAAAAUGAUAAAGAAAAAAACAUGAGGAAGAUACAUUGAGCUUCUGUUCACGUGCGGUCCAAUAUAGAUUUCAAAGUCAGAGAAAAACCAAAACAGAUAGGGUUUUCCAGGAUCUAAUCGUUUACAGACCAGAAAACCAGUUUUGAUGGCAACAAAUGAUUAUGAAAGUGGGUUGAAGAUGAUGGAGGAACUAACAACAGAUGCUCAACAAAUCCAAGACCAGUUGUUCGGUGAAAUACUGAGUAAAAAUGCUGAAACUGAGUAUUUACAGGGAUUCCUCCAUGGCCAAACCGACAAGCAACUCUUUAAAAAAAAAGUACCCAUCGUUACUUACGAACAUCUCAAACCUUAUAUUGAUCGGAUUGCUAAUGGGGAGGCAUCAUCUGAUAUACUUUUAGUUGAACCCCUCACUGGGUUCUCUUUAAGCUCUGGGACUUCGGGUGGGCUGCCGAAGCUGGUACCUACCACGGCUGAAAGUGCUCACAAAACGGCGACGUUUAAUAAGUUGUACCGGUCUGUGAUGAUAAAGCACUUUGGUGACAUAAACCAAGCCGGUAAAAGGAUGGAACUUAUGUUUGCCAAACCAGAGGUCGAAACUCCUUCUGGACUCAAAGCAAGUGCAGUCUCAACAAGAGCAUUCAAGGGGAGUAGCUUUAAAGCUAUUUUACCCAAGCUUUACACUAGCCCUUUUGAGAUUAUCUUUUGCCCGGACACCAAACAAAGCAUGUACUGUCAAAUACUUUUUGGUUUAAUACAACGUAAUGAGGUCGUCAUGAUUGGCUCAAUCUUUGCAUCUACGGUUGUAAGAAAUAUCAAGUUCUUAGAAAAUAACUGGAAAGAGCUAUGCUCUAAUAUAAAAACCGGUCAAAUAAGUGAAUGGAUCACUGACUCGGGUUGCAGAAAUGCAGCAUCAUUGAUCUUGAAGCCUAAUCCAGAAUUGGCUGACUUGAUAGAAGACGUAUGUAGUUGUAAAUCAUGGGAAGGAAUAAUCAGAAAGCUAUGGCCUAAAACAAAGUACAUUGGUACCGUAUGUACAGGUGCCAUGCUACAAUAUACUGCAGAACUUGAGUUCUAUUGUGGUGGGCUACCAUUAGUGUCAGGUUUUUAUGCUUGCUCGGAAGGUGCCAUCGGGAUCAACUUGGAACCUCUAUGUAAACCUUCAGAUGUCUCUUACACAUUUCUCCCAAAUAUGGUUUACUAUGAAUUCCUUUCGAUAAAAGAAGACUGUGAUACAGAUUCUCAAAACCAGGUUCAGUUAAACGCCAUGUCUCACCAUGAAGAUACCGGACCUGUUGAUCUUGUAAACGUGAAGCUUGGUCAAUGUUAUGAAGUACUUGUCACAUCUUCUAUGGGAUUAUAUCGAUAUAAAGUUGGAGACAUUAUUAAGGUGACCGGUUUCCACAACAAUACACCUCAGUUCCAAUUUGUUGGGAGGCAAAACGUUGCUCUAGGCGUUGAUAUGGAAAGAACAAGUGAAGCAGACAUCUUAAAGGCAGUGGCAGAAGCAAAGGCACUUCUCGAUCCGCUCGGACUCAUCUUAACAGAAUACACUAGCUACGGUGAUACAUCUUCAACACCAGGUCACUAUGUCAUAUUCUGGGAGAUUAAGCCAAAAGAAGGCAACAACAACAACAACAACGGCAAAGAACUUGACCCAAAGGUAAUGGAAGAAUGUUGCUCUAAAAUGGAAGAUUCAUUGCAUUUUACAUAUAGAAUGUAUAGGAAGGAAAACAUGAUUGCAGCUUUGGAGAUUAGGGUUGUUAAACAAGGAACUUUUGAGUCAUUACUGGAUUACUUUGUGUCCAAAGGAGCUUCUUUGAGCCAAUACAAGACACCUAUUUGCAUCAAAUCUAAAGAAGCUUUAAAUAUAUUGGAUUCAAGAGUUAUAGCCAAGUUUUUCAGCCCAAGAACUCCUACACAAGACAACUAAUCCUUGCAAUGUUUUCAAGAGAGAAAAGAACUCCUUUGUUGUUGUUAAUUUAGAUUAUGCCUUGUGACUUAAUAUUACUUUGUUUCCAAUGUUAUUUGUUUUAAGCCUCUAGCUUAAAGAACAAUAUAAUUGUUAUUUUUGUUACUUGUACUUUUGUUUUCUUCAAUGGAAAAAGGUAGAGAAUUGGUGCAAGCGGCAUCCUAUUAGUA